UUGUUACGAACUGUAUACAAUCCAAUUGUAUUUAAUUCAUUCAUAAACAUACAUACAUAGGGUACCGGUAACUACUUCCAGACUUUGUUACAAUUUCAAAACAAAAUUCAGAAAUUAGUAAAAUGCCAAAAAAGGGUGGAGGAGCUGCGAAAGGCAAAGGUGCUAACAAAGAGAAAGAUAAAUCAGAAGGCGGUGGAGGGAAAGAAAAGAAAGGAGGAAAUGCAGUAAAAGUGAGACACAUCCUUUGUGAAAAACAUUCAAAAAUAAUGGAAGCAAUGGAAAAGUUGAAAGCGGGAAGUAAAUUUAAUGAAGUUGCUGCUCAAAUGAGUGAAGAUAAAGCACGUUCUGGAGGUGACUUAGGAUGGAUGACAAGAGGGUCAAUGGUUGGACCAUUUCAAGAAGCUGCUUUUGCUUUACAAGUCAGUUCAUUGGGAAAUCCUGUCUACACCGAUCCUCCAGUUAAAACUAAGUUUGGAUAUCAUAUUAUAAUGGUUGAGGGAAAGAAAUGAAAAUGUUUUCAACACAAAAAAAAUGCAAUGAAAUAUGGAAAUUACAAUCAUGGCCUUAACCAUCUCUGCAUCGUAAAAGAAUUGUUGCCAUGCUCAGUUUUGUUUAUUGGUUUAGUUAUGGAAGUAGCACUUUAUUAUGAAGUUGUUUUGAAAAACAUGUGUGACUUUCAUUAUAGAGAGUGUUAUCUUAUAAUAUCUUUCAAACUGUAUAAAUUUACUCAAUUCAGGUUAAUAUUCUUGGACUUCGAUAAUGGUCUAUCAGUGAUUUAGUAGCUGAAUUAUAACAUAAGUAUCUAAAGAUUACAAAUGUUUAUUGUUAUUUCUAUUGAUAUACAUUGGUUCGCUGCUUUUUUAUCAAAUGCUGAAUUACUAUAUCAUAGGCCUUCUAAAUUUUUAUUGGUGUUUUAUAACAG